ACAGCGAGUUGCAGCCGGAUAUCCCCGCGGUGACUGUCUUUUUUUGGAGGGUUUUCCACGCUCGUCGCGCACAAACCUCGAGGAACACUUGGGAUGGAAAAAGUUUACCCGGACUGUAGUAAAAACUCCCGAGAAAGCAUGAAGUAACCGCUAUGGAGCCGGACAAUGCCCCGAACUCCAAACUCACAUCCACUGGAGUCGGGGGGAGAGCUCUCAUUCUUUGGAUGAUACUCAGUUGUACCUUCUCUCUGAGGCUUGCUCAGGCUCAAGAUGUGGAUAUUCUACAGCAGCUCGGGCUUUAUGGGAGGAGUCCAGGCGGGUCCUCGUCUCCAGGCGCUCGACUCGUCCCUAAUGGAGUCAUCCCCUUCAAGUCUGGAGUUAUCCUCACGCCGAGGGCCCGUAUCCAGGUCCCUCUGCACACUGUCAUGCCCGCCACGUAUAAAACCACCAACCUCUCUGUGAUCCUCAGCGUAUCCGUUCACCGAUUCAACAGCGCCUUCCUUUUCUCGGUUGUGUCGAGGAAGAGGAAAGUGCAACUCGGGCUGCAGUUCACGCCGGGGAAGGUGCUCGUACACAUGGGGCCGAGGAGCUCCGCAAGCUUAGACUAUGACGUCUACGACGGCCAGUGGCACAGUUUGGGUUUGGACAUUCAAGGCCAUCGAGUGUCCUUACAUACACUCUGUGGGAGGAAAAGCCUGCAAGCAGAUUUGUAUUUGCAAAAAGAGGAGGCCCUGGAUCCAGAGGGCUCCUUCCUGCUGGGUAAGAUAACCCACAACUCGGUGCCGUUUGAAGGUGCCAUCUGUCAGUUUGACAUUUAUCCCUCUGCUGAGGCAGCUCAUAACUAUUGUGAUUACAUUAAGAAACAGUGCAGAGAAGCAGACACGUAUCGGCCCGCCUUCCCAGCUCUGCUUCCUCUUUUUUCCAUAGACCCAAACAUUACUGUAACUCCACUCUCAUUUACGGAGCCAUCCAAAAAGGCUCAGACGUCUACUUCGGCUCUGAUGGAGGAAAGCACCAGGACUACAAAUGCCGUUACAACCGACCGCUCACUGAACAUAACAUCUGCACAUCGGGCUGAGGCCGAUCUAGAAGGCGGUGCCGUGUCUGCUUCUCCGCCGGUUCAUCCAGAACUGGAGAGCCCGUCUCAUUUUACAACUCAAACGGUUACUCCCUCUCUGAGGAUCAGCACGACACCAACAAACCCAAAUUCACUCGUCAGGGAGAGCACAGAACAAGAGGACGCCAGUUCGAACAGCCUAUAUUUACCUGUUUCCAACGGACCAUCCGAGAUGAAGCCAAGCCUCCAGACCAUGAUGGCUUCCUCACAGGUGUCUCCUUCACAUGCCGGUCCAACUCUGAAAAGCCAGUUAACCACGGAAGACCCACAGACGGCAGAGCCAACAGUCGCCGGCAUGCAGGAUGCGAAUUCCACCGUCACUCCACCUGCCACAGAUGGCUUUCAAACGUUCGACCUGGAGCCGACCCAGUUCUCACUGCUGGCUGGACCACGUGGACCAAAGGGAGAACCAGGACUGCCGGGCCUUCAAGGACUUCCAGGGUUGCCAGGAAAGCCAGGCAAGAAAGGCCCAAUGGGUCCCCCCGGCCCUCAAGGAAAUCCUGGACGCCCUGGACCGCCUGGAGCGAAGGGACAAAAAGGAGAUCAUGGACUGUCCCUCGGCCAAGCCUCAAAAGGACAAAAAGGAGAGCCUGGUGCCAUGGGCCCCCCUGGACUGCCAGGCCAACAUGGACGAAAGGGACAAAAAGGUCACCCUGGUCCCCGUGGUCUUCCUGGAGAACCUGGAGAUCAAGGAGAUGAUGGAAGCCCUGGGGCCAAAGGCUAUCCUGGCAGGCAGGGUUUACCUGGGCCUGUAGGAAAAAUUGGGCCAAAAGGAGUCAGGGGUCAUAUUGGCAUCCCUGGGCUUUUUGGUUUUCCUGGUCCUGAUGGCGAGAGAGGAAUCCCUGGUGUUCAUGGCAAGAAGGGCAAGAUGGGUAGGCCGGGGUUUCCUGGUGACUUUGGAGAGAGGGGACCUCCCGGGCCUGAUGGGAACCCAGGUGAACUGGGAGCCCCUGGUCCAUGUGGAGUCCCUGGUCUGAUUGGAGACAUGGGCCAUGUUGGCGUCAUGGGUUUACCAGGACCUCAAGGACACAAGGGAGUACCUGGGAACCCGGGAGAACCAGGACUGAAAGGUGAUAAGGGGGAGAUUGGCUUGACAGGCGAGUCGGGGGAGUGCGGAUACCAAGGAGACAAGGGUAACCGUGGCUCACCUGGGUUUCCAGGUCCUCGUGGAAAACCAGGACCGCAGGGAAUACCAGGUGAAAAGGGUCCUGUUGGUGUACCCGGCCCCCCUGGACCAGAGGGUUUUCCAGGUGACAUCGGCCCACCAGGACAAAACGGCCCCGAGGGAUCUAAAGGAAAGCAAGGGACAAGAGGUCUGCCGGGUCCACGGGGAUCUCUGGGUCUUCAGGGUGAUGAGGGACCAGUUGGACCUGCUGGGCUCUCUGGACCCGAGGGCAGACCUGGGAGGCAGGGAUUCCCUGGACUGACGGGCCCAGACGGACUCAAGGGCGAGACCGGGAUAACUGGCGAGGUCGGAAAGCUUGGCGAGAGGGGACUGCCUGGGUUUGUCGGGCCUCUAGGAGAGACGGGCAUCGCCGGAGAAAAGGGGGAUCGAGGAAAAACAGGCGUCCCUGGGCCGCCAGGUGAACCGGGGCCGAUGGGUCAUACUGGAAUACCUGGAGAGACGGGACCACCUGGACUGCAAGGGAUCCCAGGGCCUCCUGGUUCACAGGGAUCCGCUGGAAUAAGAGGCCCCAAAGGCAGAAGCGGUCCAAGGGGUCCUGAUGGAAGACCGGGAGAGAAGGGGUCUCUUGGAGUAAAGGGUCCCGAUGGUCCACCAGGAAAAUUGGGCUUCUCUGGAGAGAUGGGGAAGCUUGGUGAGCCAGGUGACGCGGGGCCAAAGGGAUUUCCAGGUGUUCAGGGGCCCUCGGGAUCUCCAGGGGCCAAAGGAAUUCCAGGAGAACCCGGACCGGCGGGACCACCAGGAACGAUGGGGCCGCUGGGGGAGAUGGGGCCAGGGGGGCCACCGGGAAUGACCGGAGAGAGUGGGCUGCCUGGUGAACCCGGAGAGAAGGGCGCAGUUGGUCUUCUCGGCAGUAUUGGGGAACAAGGUUUGACUGGCCAGAGAGGUGAGCCCGGCAUGGAUGGAGACGCUGGACCGAGUGGGCCCGAUGGAGCCAAGGGUGAAAAGGGGGACGCUGGUCUGGAGGGUGCACAAGGCGACAGAGGUGAAAUUGGCCUGAAAGGAAGCGAGGGAGCGGCCGGGCCUCCCGGGCUGGUCGGGGUGAGGGGUCAGGAGGGUAAACCUGGCAAAAUUGGGGAGCGAGGAAAGCCGGGAGAGAAGGGGAGCAAAGGUCACCAAGGUCACCUGGGUGAGAGUGGAUCAGUCGGGGAGCAGGGAGAGCCCGGAUUUGUUGGCCAGAAGGGAGCAAGAGGAACCAUGGGUCCAAUGGGUGCUCCGGGGAAUAUGGGCCAACCAGGGGAUGUAGGCGUUACAGGUUACGAGGGUCACGUGGGACCUCCAGGUCUGCUCGGGCCUCCAGGACUAAAAGGCGAAAAGGGGGAGCAGGGGGACGACAGCAACGUGGAAGGUCCUCCAGGUCCCCAAGGUGACAGAGGUCCUCCUGGAGACAGAGGAGAGCGAGGGGAGCCUGGGGAGCCUGGAUACAUUGGCCAUAUUGGAGUAAAUGGAGCCAGAGGUGAAGCUGGUUCUCCUGGAAUUCCUGGACAUCCUGGGCCAAAAGGACAACCAGGGCCGAAAGGAUCCAAAGGUGAUCAAGGUCAGAAAGGAAAAUCAGGCACAAGCGGCCCCCCUGGAACCAGAGGACCUCCAGGUCCCGUGGGUCCUCCUGGCCCCCGUGGAGUGGAGGGCAGGGAGGGGCUGGAGGGUCCGCCUGGAGUUGAUGGUCUGCCCGGAAAAGAUGGAAGUAAAGGAGUGAAGGGGGAGCAGGGAGAGGACGGAGAGGUGGGCUUACCUGGAAAACCUGGGCAUGAGGGGAAAGCUGGCGUGACAGGGCUGCCAGGUAGACAAGGCUUCUUCGGACCAAAGGGCGAGCGAGGUCUGCCAGGCCAGCCCGGCCCGGCAGGGAAAAGAGGCUCGGCUGGUGGGAUGGGAUUCCCAGGAAGACAAGGAGAUCAAGGAGCUAAUGGUCAACCAGGGGACGCUGGUGGACAAGGAUUUCCAGGAGUGUUUGGCCUGUUUGGACCAAAAGGCCCCCCUGGAGACACCGGCCCUGCAGGGAUCCAGGGACCAAGAGGACCUCGUGGUCUGACGGGUAUGGAGGGAGCUCUGGGCCCCGCCGGCAUCAUCGGCCCCAGCGGUCAUCCUGGACCCCAGGGUGACAAAGGAAGUCGGGGGGAGACGGGCUCGCAGGGACCACGGGGGUCUCCCGGUCCUCGCGGACCUCCUGGACCACCAGGCCGACCCACUUCUUUUCUCUCACUUAGGAAUGGGGUUCUUGAUGCAGCCUUUCAGGUCAUCAUUGACUCUCAUGCUGUUCUGAGGCAGGAGAAUUACCAGAGCAUGGACCUUCCCAUGUUAGACCAGGGCACAGAGAUCUUUAAGACCCUGCAGCAUCUGAGCACUCUGAUCCAGAGCCUGAAGAACCCGCUGGGUACUCACCACAACCCCGCCCGGAUCUGCCGAGACCUCUACAACUGCGAGCAGAGGCUGUUCGACGGAACCUACUGGGUCGACCCGAACCUGGGCUGCACUGCCGACACCAUCGAGGUGACGUGCAACUUCACGGCCGGAGGACAGACUUGCCUGAAACCCGUCACAGUUUCCAAGUUGGAGAUCGGAGUGGGUCGCAUCCAGAUGAACUUCAUCCACCUCCUGAGCACGGAGGCCGUGCAGCACAUCACCGUCCACUGCCUCAACGCGGCCGUGUGGGCGGCCGGGCCGACGCUGCAGCCUUCGUCCGCCGCCGUGAGCUUCAGAGCCUGGAGCGGGGAGAAGAUUCGGGCGGGGGACCUGCUGGAGCCGCUGGUGCCCCGGGACGACUGCUGGAUCAAAGAUGGCCGCUGGCAUCAGACUCACUUCAUCUUCCAGAGUCAGGACCCGAACCUACUGCCCAUAGUGGAUGUGUACAACCUGCCCAGCUCUGAGCCUGGCGCCCGGUUCCACCUGGAGGUUGGACCGGUGUGCUUCCUCUGAGGACGACCAUGAAGGACGGAGGGAGACGGUGUGGGAGACUCAAUUCCCUUCUGGUGCUUCUUUAACAGCCCCCAAUGGGUUUUAUUUUUUAUUUUUCUCCACGAAAUAUGCUUGGACUGCAGAGAUGAGACUUCUGGCAUUACUCAGCCUACAGUAAACAAGAAUAAGCUCCUUUUUCAGAGACUCGUUUGAGGAAUAUGAGACCUGGACGCUCCUUUUUGGAAGGUUUCUAUGUCUCGGACCGGGUUGUAUCAUAAUUUUUUCCCCAAAAAAUGGAAAUAUCUGCACAUCUGCAACUUCAGCAAUGCCUCUUCUAAUAUCUGAAGUAUUAUUUAUACAUGUAUAUGUACUGUCGUGAAGUGCAAUAGUUACCAUUUCGCAGCCAGAUUUCUCCGGUGGUUCAGGAACUCCGUGUGACACAGACAAAACACUCCAGGUGAGAUAUUCUGAGCCUCUCCCAGCUUUUCUACCAACAUCCUCACACUAACAAAACUGCUGUGUGCGACUUUUCCAGAGGAGCAAAACAUUUCUACGGUGUGAAGUGUGGGGGGGG